AUGAUGCACGGGAGAAGCUGCUCGACGGUGUGCUCCAAGGCGAAGGCCAUGCCAAAGCUGAAGAUCGAGCACACCUUCUCGUGCGAGUUCUGCCCGAACAAGAGGAAGUGGAUCACCGAGAACUUCCCCGAGGUGCCCUACCUGUUCGGCGACAUCCAGGAGCUGCCAAAAGGCCGGGCCUGGAACUACAUAACGGAGAAGGAAGUGCAGGUGCCGUCGGUGGACAUUUUGAUUGCCGGCUUUGUCUGUAAGUCAGUGUCCCUCGAGAAUAACGAACGCGAGAAGUUCGCGAACUGCAUCAAGGAUGCGUGCGGCUUGACAGGAAUCACCUUCCAGGGCAUGAUCCAGUACGUCGCCAAAUAUCAGCCGGCGGUGGUCAUCUGCGAAAACGUCGAAGGCCUGACCAGGAGGAACCGCGGGGCGGAGCCGGUGGUCAACCACGUCAGGGACGAGUUCGUGUCUCACGGCUACGCGUUCGAGCACAAGGUGCUCAACUCACGGGACUAUCUCCUCCCGCACAGGCGCAACAGGUGUUGGAUGUGGGCCUUCCGCGGCCAGCACCACCAGGGCUCCGCCGAGCUCGCGGGCGAAGACGUGCUUGCGCUGGGCCAAGAGAAGUUCUGGAAGAUGAGCUCGUUCUUCCGGAAAGUGAAGGCCAACGACGACAACAGCCGGCCGUUGGUACCGCGCGAGCGCGCCGUGUUGCGCAAGGUGCUGUCGAGGCUGUCGCCGGCGCAGCGCAAGGAGGACCUCGUGGUGGACGUCGGCAAGUCCGUGGACCGGCUGCACUACUGCGUGGGCGGCGCCGCCCCAUGCGUGGUUCCCAACUCGCGCACGUACAGGGUCAGGCAGGAGAAGGUCCUAUCGCCGGAGCAGUGCCACGCGGUGCAGGGGAUCUUCAAGUCGGACUUCCCUGCGCUCAAGAGAUGGGCGAAGGAGAAGAAGACAGUCACGCGCGACCUUGCGGGCAACGCCUUCUCCACCACCGUCUGCAUGGCGGUGGCCCUCGUGGCGCUGUGCCACGGCCCGCUCCCGCGCACAAGCGGCAUGAGGC